UUCCCGCCUCCCCACCUCACCGCCGGCGAGCAAUGCCUCCCCCGGCGGGGCUGCUCCCCUGGCCAUCGCCGUCCACCACGCGCCUGACCACCCCAACACCGACUCGCCCUCCUUCUCGCACCACCCGCGUCCGCCCGCCUCCUCCUCCUCCCCCGUACACUCGCGUCCGCCUUCCACCUCCCCCUCCGCCUCCUACGACGCCACCACCGCCCCGCCUCGAACCCGCCGCGCCAAAACCAACCGCCGCCUCCACCCCCCUGCCUCCCGACACUGCCUCCACCACGUCCUCGUCGUCCACCUGCCUCGACUGCGUCCACUUCGGGAAGUGCUCAGGCUGCACGCACGAGGUAGACCUCGACAAGCCGCCGGUGUUGCAGGAGGUGGCGAGUUUCUUCAAGGGCCACGGUAUCGGAGAUUUCACCUUCAGCAGGGGUAGGCUGUCCCAAUGGCGAUGCCGGGCAAAGUUAGCAGUUCGUGGAACACCAGAGAACCCGUUGAUCGGUUUAUACCAGGAAGGGACGCAUGUUGUUACAGAUAUUCCGGAGUGCAGAGCUCACCACCCAAGCAUUAAUGCUGCUGUUAAGCUGCUAAGGCAAGGUAUAUCUGAGCUGAAUAUUCAGCCAUAUGACGAAGAUGCUGGAACCGGUGAACUCAGAUAUGUUCAGAUGGCUGUGACAACAUACAACACAUCUAUUCCAGUUGAUAAAAGAUAUGAGCAAGGGAGAGUUCAAGUUUCGUUGGUUUGGAAUUCAAGAGAUGAGCGUUCCCAAAAUGCAGAGAAGCUGACUUUAUUGAUAGAAUUCUUGUGGAGAAAUGGUGGCCCAAAAGGUAGUGUUCAUCUGAUCCAUUCCAUGUGGGCCAAUUUUCAGACAUCAACAAGCAAUAUAAUUUUUGGGCAUAAAUGGAGACAUCUCAAAGGGGAGAGAGACCUGUGGGAGCGUUAUGGAGGAGUUGAUAUUUCGCUGGACCCUUGUAGCUUUGGCCAGGCUAAUACUCUGUCAUUUAACUCUUUGCUGCAUAAGCUGAACAAGUAUGUACCACGUGGUUCAACAGUUGUUGAUUUGUACUCUGGUGCUGGUGUUAUUGGGCUAUCAGUUGCUGCUUCGAGGAAAUGUAGGUCUGUGAAAUGUGUUGAGAUUAACAAACAAUCGAAGAUGUCUUUUGAGACAUCAGCAAGCCGACUUCCAGCGAACCUGGGUUGCACUAUCACUUGGCACAAUACUGACGCUUCAGUUGAACCUGUUCACUGGCUUGAAGGGUCAAGUGUCGUUAUUGUGGAUCCUCCCAGGAAGGGAUUGCAUCCAUCUGUUAUCAGUGCUUUACAGAAAGUUGCUUUGUCUGAGCGCAAGGCAUACAAGGCUAAAAGUUCACUUGCAAAGGUUAAGGAUGAGAAGAGACCAUGGAUCUUACGGGCAAGGGAGGCAGCUGUUCAUGUUGAUAAUACGGCGACAGAAGAGAGCACUGAAACCUGGCCUGAAACCCUUAUAUACAUUAGCUGUGGGUGGGAAAGUUUUAAGAAGGACUGCAAAAGCUUGAUAUCCAGCAAGGCCUGGCAGUUGGAGAAUGCCCAUGCUUUUAACUUCUUCCCUGGCACAGAGAGCAUUGAAAUCCUGGCAAUCUUCAAACGUGAAUCAGAAGCUGGUCAAAAGAAAAAGAAGAAAGCAAAAAAGAAGGCCAAGUAGACUAUUAACAGAAGGCUGACCCAACCGUAACUGGAAGACUGAAGUGGAAUCACCCAAGAGUUUUGCAAAUCUUUAAUGCUGAUCCAGAUAUAGCACAAAAUACUGUCAUUGGUGCUUUGAGGAAUUUUACAAGCUCCAAACUGAUCGGCUCAAUGAUCUGUGACUAGCUCAUGGUAAUUUUUGACACAAGGUUAGCUUAGGGUGUUCAUGUGCGAGAUGCACCGUCAACAGUCUGCAGACAACUAGAGGCAGGAAUUUCAGACAGCGAGGAGGUCCUUUUGUAUAAAUAUAGCUAAUAGGCCGUUUGCUGAAUUUUUUUUUUCUGCAGUCGCUUAAUGUAGUUUGUGUUUUAUGUCAUGUAUUUCACUGUAUAUUGCUCAGAGACAACUAAAGUUUGUAUGUAUACCGUAUACGAUGGAGCUCCUCCAUUGUGCUUAUCCUUUGUACUUUCUUAAAAAUGGAAAUCCUUUUUACAGUUGCA